AUAAAAAUAAUACGGAAUUACACUUUUAAAAAAUUUUAUAAGUAUAUUUUUUCAUCAAUUUUGAAAGCAAUUUACAAGUCUUACUGUUGAUUCUUUCCCAGUAAUAAUAAAAAAAAAAUUAUAAUAGUACAUGGUUUGAUAUCUGCACUUGAAACAAUGACUAUAAAGAGUUAAACUGCAAUGACCAAGCAAUUUUUCAGUCGGGUUAAAAUAAUUGUUUGUUAUAUUUAUAUACAUAAUUUAUGUGUUGAUUGAAAGCUAAUGAGUCUUAGAUUUCAUUUCUAUACGCAUUUAUGCUUUUUUAUGAUAAUAAUAUUUUAUAUUUGAGUGUCUCAUAAUACCUACACUUACAAUCUUGAAUGUACCGGUGUAUGAGACACUUUAGUCAGUGUAUCUUGUAAUACGAACAUGUGCGUUUUUGUUUGUCCCGAUUAGAUGAGACAACGUACAUUUAUAAAGUUUUAUAUUAUUAAUGAGUGAUAUUAAUUGUUAAAAUAUAACAUUUAGAUUGUAUAGAGGAUUGGCUUUUAUUACAUUAUUAAAUAUUUUCAUAUAAAUUGUAUACCACCAGUAAAUAACAAAUAAAUUAAAAUAAUAAUCUGAGGUAAUGGGAAAUAAACAGAGAUCCAAGAGGAUAAAAAAAAAUCACUCAAAAUCAAACAAACCAAAAGUGUUGUGCGCAAAUUCCGAUAAAAAACCUAUGAAAACAAAGCUUAAAAGAAAUAAAUAUGAUUCAUCAAAUAUUGAAAAAGCUUUACAAGCAAUAAAAGAUACAGGAUUAUCUAUACGAAAGGCAGCUGCUGCUUAUGGAGUACCUGUAGCCACACUAACUAGAAAAAAAAAUGUUGGUCCUGAGAAAGCAAAAAAUAAAACAGGUCCAGAUACAGUUUUAUCACCGAAAGAAGAGGAUAAUAUUGUUCAGUGGGUGCUGUACAGAGCAUCAAUGGGAGCUCCUGUGUCUAAAACUAAACUAUUAGAUUGUGUGCAAAGAUAUGUUCAAACUAUGAAAAUCAAAACUCCGUUUACGGAUAACCGUCCCAGUCGACACUGGUAUGAAGGUUUCCGAAAACGUCAUCCUGAGUUAUCCAUUAGGAAACCCCAACAUUUGAGCACAAGUAGGGCAGCUGUUAAUCGCGAAGAAUUGCAAGAGUGGUUCAAGGAUUCUGGGAAAUAUUUAGAAAGUAAAAAUUUAUUAAAUAUUCCUGCCUCUAGAAUUUUUAACUGCGAUGAAAGUAUUAUACUUCUGUGUCCUGACGCCGAAAGUGUAUUAGCUGAAAAAGGAUCUCGUGCAGUUUAUAAAAUAGUUGAUGGUGGCAAAGAAGCAUUGACUGUUUUAUUCACGUACAGAACAGAUGGAACUCGUGCUCCUCCAAUGCUUAUGUGCUCUUAUAAGAAAAGUAUACCUAAGAAAAUAGUGGAAAAUACUCCAACAGGAUGGGGUCUUGGAGUAUCGGACAGUGGCUGGAUGACAACGGAGACCUUCUAUGAAUAUAUUACCAACGUGUUUUAUCCUUGGUUACUUGAAGAAAAAACCGAAUUUCCAGUUAUUUUAUACAUGGAUAAUCAUUCUUCACAUCUAAAUUCACCCUUGGUUACUUUUUGUAGAGAAAAACAAAUAGAAUUGGUAAUGUUACCUCCCAAUUCCACCCAUAUUAUGCAGCCAUUGGAUAUUUAAUUUUUCCAUCCAUUUAAAGAGACAUGGAAAAAAUGUGUACCCAAAUGGAAAAAUGAACAUGGUGUUGGACAAAUUAAAAAAGAAGAUUUUCCUCAAGUUCUUAAGUUCACGUUGGACAGUAUGAAGAAUGAAAAAAGUGCAGUCGUUAGUGGAUUCAGAGGAGCUGGACUUUAUCUAUUUAACUCUAAUGCAGUAGACUAUGAUAUUUUACAGAAGACUAAAAAAUCCGAAAAAACUGUUGAUCGGCUGGAUAACAAUAGUGCAGAUGAAAAUGGAGAAAAUCAACUGUUUUUGUUAAGUUUUGAAAAAAAUUUACCGGAAGAUAUGCUCUCUGAAUUUAAAGAAGCUGCAAAGUGUGGAUCAUGGAGCGGAGAUCUAGAGAAGAAAGCAUUAUUCGAUUACUGGUUCAAAAUUUCUAACACUUCCACGGGUAUUUAAAAUAACAAUUACGUCAUUUUAAUUUACAAUCAUUGACCUAAUUACAAUUCAUAUUAACAAUUUUUUUUUUCGAAUUUUUUUAUAAAUUUUUUAUAUACAAUUUUUUUUUUAUAAUUUUUUUAUAUACAAUUUUUUUUAUGAAUUUUUUAUAUACAAUUUUUCAUUACGAUUUUUACAGUUCACUAUAU